CUUGCCUUUCUACCAGCCUUCGUGGCCACAGCGCAUGGCUUGCCAUGUUUGGGCUGUGGGCCCGGCCGUUCCUUAUUGGGACCUUGUGCCGGUACCAACACCAACACCAUCAUGUCCAUUCUCGUCCAGACCCCAGACGCCCUUUAUAUGCCCCAGAAAUUAUCGACACCUAAACUCGGGAUGCCACCGGAAAAGGUUCUCAAAUUUGCGUGUCUCAUCGAAGGUCCCUUUGUCCGCCUAGCACCUAACCACAUUUCCAUAACUUUGCCAGACGCCCAGCCACUGAUAUACGGAUACGGAAAUGGAGCCCUAACAUCGUUGUUCUACGAUGUGUUCGUGACUACAUCUCGUAAUCACCUCACACAACCUUUCGCAGAAGAGCGUUGUAGAGUUCUAGACGUAUGCCGUUAUAUCGGUCAACUGCUGGGGCAGUGGGAGAAGCUGUAUGCUCAGGCUUUGAAAGGCGUAUCAGGUGAGGUUGAAGUGAAGGCUGGAAAGGUCCUGAUGGAAGACUUUGGCUGGACUGCUUUCCACGUAAGGGCAAACUAUGUCACGUUCGAUAUCAUCAAUGACCUCGCGUUUGGGAGGCCAUUCGGGAUGACCGCAGCAGGCAAGGAUUCCGCUCCAAUGGCUCAGGAUCAACAUGCCGUGAUGAACUCUUAUGGACAAGUGGGGGUGAAACAUGCCUCGAGGGAAAUUCAAGUUAUCAAGAUGAUAGGUGGUCUGUCGCAGACGUUCCUUGCGACGUUGGGAACUUUGCCUAGGUGGUGGAGGUCGCGAAUCAAGCUGAAUCCGCUUAUGUGGGAGGGCGGACAGGACUUCCGUGAUAUUAUAGGGCUGGCUAUCAUGGCUGUAUCAAAGAGGUUAGAGGCGCCGACGGACAGGAAUGAUAUACUUAGCAAGCUGCAAGCUGGGAAGGACGAAGACGGUAAUCCAAUGGGAAGGGAAGAACUGACUGCAGAAGCGUUAACUGUUCUCAUUGCCGGAUCUGAUACCACCGCCAACUCUACCUGUGCCCUCAUCUACUACCUUGCACGCACCCCGAGCGUACAAGAAAAGCUUCAGAAAGAGCUUGACGAGCACCUGGACUCCCAAGUCGCUACAGCUGAACAAGUGAAGAACCUCCCCUACCUGCAGGCGGUCAUUAACGAAGGCAACCACUUCCCUGAGGGCACGACUCUCAGCGCGCCUAUCUAUACGAUUCAUAGGGACUCAGCGGUGUUUGGAGACGAUGUGGAGGAGUUCAGGCCUGAGAGAUGGUUCAAAUGUGAUAGUGCCGACGUUUCGAAGGUGUUCGCUCCAUUCUCUGUUGGCCCUCGGGCAUGUAUCGGGCGUAAUUUGGCGAACCUCGAGCCGCAGAUUAUCAUUGGGUCAAAUUUCAAGCACUUCCAUAUCGUUUUGGAGAAUCCUGAUGAAAAGCUUAAAGUACACGAGGGCGUCUUGAGAAAGCCGGUCGAAUGUCGUGUUGGCCUGAAGAGACGCGAAGUACUCUAAUUCAUCACGAUAAGCUUCUCCGAUCAUUUCAUGUGCAAG